GGCAGGUUACAAGUGUUACCGUUUACGAUGGCGUUACUGGCUUCCUGUACAGCCAUAAUCAAAUGGGAUGUAAAGGGAUCCGAGAAAAGUGCCGGUGACAUCGUCGAAAUAGCUUUCGUAUAUCAACUACAACCACCAGGGCCACAACAACCAUGGUCACAGCAACCAGAACCACAACAGCAACCAGGGACACAACAAUUAGGGCUGCAACAACAAGGGCCCCAACAGCAAGAGCCCCAAGAACAAGGGCUACAACAACCAUGGACAACACAACCAUGGUCACAACAACCACGGCCAAACCAACCACGGUCACGACAACCAUGGCCACAACAACCAAAUCCACAACAACAAGGGCCACAACAACCAAAGUCACAGCAACCAUGGACAUUAAAACCAGGGCCUCAACAACAAGGAUCCCAACAACCAGAACUACAACAACAAGGACCCCAACAACAAGGGCUACAACAACCAGGACCACAACAACAACCAGGGUUGCAACAACAACCAAAGGCACAACCAUCAGGAGUGCAACAACCAAGAUCACGACCAGCAGAUCCACAACAACAACAAGGGCUACAGCAACCAUGGUCACAACAGCCAUGGCCACAACAACAACCAGGUACACAACAAUCAGGUCUCCUACAACAAUGGCCACAACAACAACCAGGGACACAACAAUCAGGGCUCCAACAACAAUGGCCACAACAAUCAGGGCUCCAACAACAAUGGCCACAACAAUCAGGGCUCCAACAAACAUGGCCACACCAACCAUGGACACAAACCCCAUGGCAACAACAACCAUGGUCACAACAAACAUGGCCACAACAUCCAGAGUCACAACAACCAUGGUUAUUACAACCAGGGCCACAAAAACAAAAAGGGCCACAACAACCAGGACUUCAACAACAAACACCCCAACAACCAGAGCUACAACAACAAGGACCCCAACAACAAAGGCCAAAACAACAAGGGCCACAAAAACCAGGACCACAAACUCUACCCGGAUUGCAGCAACAGCCAGAUUCACAACAAUCAGGUCUGCAACAACCAGGACCACAACAACAUGAGCCACAACAUUAUGGGCCUCUACAACAAGGGCUUCAACAACAAGGGCCUCAACAACAAGCGCCACAACAACCAGAGCCACAUCAACCAGGACCACAACAAAACCCAGAGCUACAUCAACAACCAGACACACCAAAAUUAGGUUGGCAACAACCAGGACAACAACAACAACAAGGUCUCCAAGAACCAUGGUUACAGCAGCCAGAAGCAAAACAACCAUGGUCAGAUAACCCAUAUCCACAACAAACAGAGACACAACAACCAGAGCUACAACCACAAGGGCCUAAACAACAAGGGUCACAACGACCAGGGUCACAACAACCACAACAAGUGCUAGAACAACAACCAGAGACACAACAGUUUGGUCCGCAACAACCAGGACAACAACAACAAGGGCCACAUGGACGAGGACCACAACAACGACCAGGGACACAACAAUCAGGGCUGCAACAACCAGGACCACAAAACCAAUCAGGGCCGCAACAGCAACCAGGGACACAACAAUCAGGGCUACAACAAACAGGACCACAACAAGAAGGGCAACUACGACCAGGGACACAACAAUCAGGGCUGCAACAACCAGGACCACAACAACAAUCAAGGCCACAACAACAACAACAACCAGGACAACAACAACAACAAGGUCUCCAAGAACCAUGGUUACAACAGCCAGAAGCAAAACAACCAUGGUCAGAUAACCCAUAUCCACAACAAACAGAGACACAACAACCAGAGCUACAACCACAAGGGCCUAAACAACAAGGGUCACAACGACCAGGGUCACAACAACCACAACAAGUGCUAGAACAACAACCAGAGACACAACAGUUUGGUCCGCAACAACCAGGACAACAACAACAAGGGCCACAUGGACGAGGACCACAACAACGACCAGGGACACAACAAUCAGGGCUGCAACAACCAGGACCACAAAACCAAUCAGGGCCACAACAGCAACCAGGGACACAACAAUCAGGGCUGCAACAAACAGGACCACAACAAGAAGGGCAACUUCGACCAGGGCCACAACGUGUACCAGGGACACAGCAAUCAGGACUGGACCACCCAUGGCCACAACAACCAGAGCCACAACAACAAGGGCAAGGAACGAAUAAUAUAAUUGAACCGUCAAUUGGCUUCAGUUGCUACACUACAGAUCAGGAAGAAGGCAUAUGUGUCAAGUAUACCAUGUGUAUGAACGAAGCGCCAAAGAUGUACUCAAGGAACGCCUUCGUAUUCAGAUCCCAAGACAGGAGCCCGUGUAGUUUCCUCAAGAUGUGUUGUCCCACCAAUAAACUGCGCUUGACACCGGAAGUGCCCGUCAUCCCCCCCACUGCAGGCUGCGGGUACAGCAACGCAGUCGCCGGAGUGUUCAGAGAGAAGACUGGCACCUCCAGCAGCGGACGUGCCGACUUCGCAGAGUUCCCCUGGAUGGUCGCUUUGUUGCGGAAAACGGAUGGUUACUGGAACGACGCGGACUACAUAGGAGGAGGGUCCCUCAUACACCCAUCCGUCGUUCUAACCGCCGCCCAUAAGGUCGAGAUGUUUAGGACGAAUGAGAUCAAAUGCCGCGCCGGGGAGUGGAACACUCUGAAUGAGAACGAGGCGCUGCCUCACCAGGAAAGAGACGUCCAGAGGAUCAUCAUACAUCCGCAGUUCGCGAGGAUGGACGCCCAUUACGACGCCGCGCUGCUGUUCCUGGAGACGCCAUUCGCAAUCCAGGCGCACAUCAACAUAGUGUGUGUCGCGCCCACUCUCCCUCCCCCCGGGACUGUCUGCUACAGCAUGGGCUGGGGCCAGGACUUCACCGACUCCACAUACAACGCUAAUGUGCUCAAAAAGAUAACCUUACCCCUAGUCCGCCCUGAUGAUUGUCAAAGACAACUCCGCAGAACCAUCCUGGGGCCAGAAUUCACCUUGCACAGGACCCUGACCUGCGCAGGAGGGGUCGCCAACGAAGACACUUGCGUGGGAGACGGGGGGUCACCUCUCGUCUGUCAUGUCGGGCAUCCAGAUGAGCUGCAUUUCGAGGUAGUGGGUAUGGUUGCAUACGGGCCCACGUCGACGUGCGGCGCAGACGGCGUCCCCGGCGUGUAUGUUAACGUGCCGAGACUGUAUAGCUGGAUCGCCCAGCAGGGAGACCUCGCCGGGAUCUAGAGACUUGACCAAAUGAAAACAUCCUCACAACAUCCGACAGACCACUGCCACAUCAACCGAUGGACGUCAAAUUGUCCUUAUACAAAUCAUUCAACGCUUUUCAGACCACAUUGACGGAGUAUGAAAUCAACCAUUGAUCGGCCGUCAAAACGCA